GGAAGUUUGAUUUAGGAGAAACAUGGACACAAGGAUUCGCCUGAUUACUCUGCUGUGUAUAGGAUGGUUUACGUACACAAAUAACAGUGGUCUCCCUCUAGAACUCACUCAGUUCCAGUCAGGUGGUAAUAUCACCUUAGUCUGCAGUUCCAUCAACACCACUAUCAGCACGUCAUUCAGAUAUUGGUAUUUGGAUGAGGUGCGAGUUCUCACGUCAGUGUUUGUAGGUCAUCAUCAUGGUUGUAACAGAAACCCACCCAAUAAUGAUACUGCAUAUCGUUACGACCUAUUCACAUCAAAUGAUGGCAGUGUAAGCUGUGGUGACCACCAGCACAACAUGACACUAACCACAACUAAAUACAUCCAAGCUGGGGCAGUGUGGCGGUGUGAGGAUCAACGCAAUAGAGUCAGUAACAACCUUACGUUGGCCAUUCCUGGGACUACUGAUAAGUCAACUACACCACUGACUGAUUCAGCAACAACGAUCACCACAGACAGCGAUACUCAUGGCUUUCACGGGACUACUUAUAAGAGAAGUUCACAGCUGACAAUGUUGGAAAAUCUUACAACUAUCAAGAUGACUUCUGCCCCGAGCAACGAUUAUCAAGAUGAUGCCAUGUAUAUCGCUGCUGGGACAGGUGGAGGAAUCUUCAUCCUCAUUAUAAUCGUUAUCUGUGUAUGUGUUGUAAGUACGAGAAGAAAAGGAAACGUCACAGAAGCUACCAGCGAUGCAGACAAUGGUGCAGAGGUCUCAGAAAACCCACUUUAUGUUACAUACCAAGUUGAACCUGUUGACAACAAAGUGCACUUCAAUGACAAUGCACCCGAACACCUACUUGCUCUUGGCGGCGCUGUCGACGUUUGUGAUCUGAAUGACGUACGAGACAAAACACCCAAGCACCUGUCGGCUGUAGGUGGUGCUAUCAACGUUGAUGAUAUGUAUGCCGUCCCGGACAAGACACCCAAACACCAGCCAGCUGAAGGCGGUGCUGUGAACAUUGGUGAUCUGUAUGCCGUACCGGAUAUGCCAAUGAAAACAAAGAACGGAACGUAUAGUACUUGGUCCGAAGCUGACAAUGAGUACAGUGAAAUCUAAAUAGAGGAAGAGACGUCAGCUAAUUCGGUCCUGUCAAUGUUCUAGGCGACACAACGCUCACGUUUGUUCGACAGACAAAUUCAAAUGGGACCCUGCUCCUUGGGUGUUCUCCUUGUUGUGUACAGCUCUCGCUACUGUGAUUAGGUCUGCGUUGAACUUAAACAUUAUUUCAAUAUAAAAAGUCUAAGUUGAUAUAAAUGUACAGUAAACUACCUUUAUAACGAACACGUUUUUAAAUAACGAACUAACGGAUAUAACUUAUUCUUUUUGGACCCUAGCCAGUUGCUGCAUAUAUUCUUAUAACGAAAUAUGGUUAUAACGAACUACAACUAGAGGUACCUUUGAGUUCGUCAUAACCGUAGUGUACUGUACGUCAUACUUUUUGGAGUAAGCUGAUCAACAAUGUAAUCCAGAUGUACUAUCGGUUGUCAUGACCUCAAAGUCUGAUGGUGGUUAGGAGAAUACUUAAAACGUUCAGUUUUGAUUUUGUCACAGCCGUCUCCUGAAAAUGAUAUUUUAAACAAUGGAAUACAAUAAUGUACAUGGCCGUCGACUUAUUUCAAUUGUCCUGCCAAUACAAUGACAAUACGCAAAUGUAAGCAAUCCAUGCCUGAAAUAUGGUCAAUACGAGAACAUAUUUGAGCAGUUUCAAAAACAACAUUAUCAUGUUGUUAUUUCGGAAUUGCCCAUUUGUAUUUCAGUAUUAUUGCUACUGUUUAAUGUCAAAUUAAAGAAGAAAAUCGCAUUGUUAGUAAUGAGUUCAAAGUAAUCGAUCUUGUAUUAGCUUACAUCGUGAGCUGUUCAAAACCGUUUUAUACUGUCGUGUAAGAGUCAUAUGUUUGAGAAAAUGAUGAGAUGCCUUUUUUCACAAUUAAGGUUGCUUGUUAAAGUGAAGUAGCAGAGAAAAGAACACUAUCCCGUAUGUGUUAAGUAUAGUUUAACACUGUGGGUUUAAGUUGACACAUAUAUGUCACAUUAUUCUGUUAGCAUCGUGAGCAGUUCAAAACCGUUAUGUUUAUACUGUCGUCUAGCUGUUUUAUAUUUGUCAUACAUCAUGAGAUGCCUUUUUUUAUAUGUAAGGUUGCUUCUUAAACUGAGAAAACAACACUAUCCUCUGUAUGUGUUACGUAGUUUGACACUGUGGUUCUAUGUGGUUUUAAAUUGUUCAAACUUUAAUAUUUGUUUUGAUUAACACAUAUAUAUGUUUUAGGUUAUUAUCACAUUAUUCUGUUAGCAUCUAUACUUAUUUCAAUGCAACAAAUAUUUAUGUCAUUGUUCCCACUAAACGUAUAUGACAUGCAUCAGUAAAGCUGGGAUUUUCAUCCAAAACUAACAUCACUUCAAUGCACUUGUCUCAAAAUCUUUGAAGACCAUUGCUAUGAUGUCACAAUCAAAUGACAUCACUAAUAAAUUUUAUCUGCCAUUGUUGCUAGGCAACUGUAUUUCUUACACUCAAGACAUUGAUUAUUACUGAGUGAUAACUGAAAAAGUUAGGGUUAUGAUUCUGGAUGGUAAAUAGGAUCUUACUCUCGUCUCUGUUGAUGUGACGUAUAUGCAUCUCAACACAAACUGUUUAUAACAGGAUGUAAUACUAGUAUAGAAUUAAUUAGUGAGUGAGUGAGUUGGGUUUUAGGCCGCUUUUAACAGAAUUCCAGUUAUAUCACGACGUGUCAGCUUAAUGUGAGAGGAAAGCUCGAAGUUCGAGUUCUUGACGGUUGACAGUUGCUGCAUGUGAUCUUCUGAUCUGGUCAGGGUGAUCCCAUAAAUGUUCGACGGAGUUGAUAUCAGGAGAAUUUCCCGGCAAGGGUAAAACGUGAAUGUUCGCGUUGUUCAGAAAGUUCUGUGUGAGCCUUACCGUAUGCGGUCUCACAUUGUCUGAAGACAAUGCCACGUGUCUGUUGCUGAAUGAAUGGUUCCACAACGUGUCUCAUAUUGAGUGAGUGAGUUAGUGAGUUGGGUUUACCGCCGCUUUUAACAUUAUUCCAGUUAUAUCGCGGCGUGUCAGCUUAAUAUGUAGGAGGAAAGCCCGAAGUGAUGCAGGUCUCGGACGUUUACCACUUCGGUAAAACCCACAAGAACGGGUAUGGUGCUGACAAACCUAGAAACAUAAUCGGGGCGAACCGGGAUUCGAACGUGUCUCAAAGCUUCAUCCCAAUAUCUCUGAGCAUUCAAGAUACUGGUGGUAUAGUUCGUUUUGGACAUUAUGACAUGUUCAAUACAUAUCUGUGCGUUAUUUUUCACAUUGUUCAAACUUUAGUAUUGUGAAAGCGUUCUUCUGGGACGUUUUUCUGUUACUUUAUUGGUCGUAUUGGUUGUCAUUUGUUUUUACAUUUAUACUUAUUAAAUGCAGCACAUAUUUAUUUUGUAUGUUUCCACUCACGUCGUAUCGCAUGGGCCUGUUUGAAUAACGACAUUGCACAUAUCUAUUUACGGUAAGUGUCGUUGAUUUCAAUCGUAUCACGAAUGUCAAACUUAGGGAAAAUAGCGACCAGUAGAAAUAUUUGUCAAAACCGAAUAUGAAUAUACCAGGAAAAUAGCGAUAGAAUAUUUCAACAAAUGUUAAUGAAGCAGUUGAUUCACGUAUGGCAGGAAAAUACUUCAGCAGGAAUAUGAUAGUGUUUCAAUGCGGUUUUCCUCCGCUGCGUAUCUCGGGGAACACAGCCCAACGUUAUGGUAUUCAUGUAUUGUGUAACAUUGUAUCGCUUAUCAGCAACAUAGUUUGCAGUUAAGGCUUCCUCGCACAAAGUGCCUCAACAAAGGAUGAUUGUCAUUGCUGCAUGAACAUUAAAUUCAAGCGAAUAUAUACCAGAUAUCACAGGGAUGAUUAUCACAAACUCUCGGUAAUAUUGAAAUGACUCGAUUGGAUCAUGCUCCUAUCGAACUAAUUGUUGACUCGUGUAUACUAGGUACUUAGGUCAUACACGUAGCAUACUGGGAUUUCUGUGUAGUUUUUACAUCCUGAUUCCAGCUGAUGAUGCAAACAGUUAUAAAUGUACUUUAUUUCUGCAUGGCCCCCUGUAUCAUGUUUACAAUGAUUUAUGUGUGCAGAAAUUACACUUAUUUUAUUUUCACAAUGUAUUGUCCUUGUGAUAAAUCAUUUACAUUUUCAAUUAUUUUUGUCGUUUUUACAUUAGGAUUCUUGCUGAUGAUGAUUAUGCAUAGUUAUGAAUGUACUAUAUUUCUGCAUGACACCCUGUAUCAUACUGGGAUUUUUGCGUAUGUUUUACAUCCUGAUUCCAGCUGCAGAAAUUACACUUAUUUUAUUUUCAAUGUACAAUGUAUUUUCCUAUUGCUCAAUUUACAUUUGCACACACACUGUAGUCGCACAGUCGUUGUUAUGUUGUCCUACCUAUUGAUCAAGUUUAAGUGUUGGCUUUCCGCAUCGAAUAAAAUAUGCCUUAACUGAA